UAAAACAUUGCAUCGGUCGCACACGCGAUGCACAGGUGUGACUCGUUUUGAAGGCUCAUCCGCAGAGGACGAACAGUGGCGCAAACAUUACAGCUCAUCCCUCUCCUUGCCCGCGAGCGAUCCUACGAUAAGAAGACUAAAGGUUCAAUAUUUUUGUUGGGAAUCGGUGACAUUUGUGGCUGGAUGGACAAACCAAAAGUUGUCAGAGGGAAGUUCAUCUUCCUCUUCAUUGCUAUCCUCCUCUUCAUCCUCUGCAUCACUGUGAGAACACCAGGAACGUACAGAAUGAUCCCACUGCCGCACCGGGCUCCGAACACUUGCCCCUGGCAAAUCUCUGAGCAAAGCAUCACCCCGCUCAACAACACCAAGCACUUGCUGGUGUCGGCCUACAUGGACCAGAGAGUGAAUGGCUUGGACGUACGCAUCAUUGGAAUAUUCAAGAGAGACUCCAUCCAAAAACUGCACUGUGUUUUCUGCUGUGCAGGCAAGUUAUCAAGUACAACUCCUGGAACAAUUUUACAACACUCGGACAACUUUGGUUUCCCCUACGUCACUACGGAUGUCAUGUGUCAGAUUCCCCAAAACUGCAACGCCACACAUGUCAAUCUCUUGACUCAGCCAGGAAAGGACCGGCUAGUUGACCAACCCUGGCUUCCUAUAAGAAAUAAGAGAUCCAAUGGGAAGGAAAAAGAGAAGUUGCAGUUUAACUUCACAGUUUGCAUCUCCAACCUGUUUGGAGACUACAACAACGUGCUUCAGUUUGCACAGACCCUGGAGAUGUACAGGUUACUGGGUGUGGACAGGGUGGUGAUCUAUAACACCAGCUGCGGCCCCGAUCUUGAUCGCCUGCUGCAGAUCUACAGCAAGGAGGGCUUCGUGGAGAUGGUGCCCUGGCCCAUCGACCAGCACCUGAAUCCAUCGCCUGGUUGGCUCUUCUCACAGAGCGGAGGGGAUGUGCACUACUUCGGCCAGUUGACCACACUUAAUGAAUGUAUUUACAGAUCCAUGGACCGCUCACGCUACGUGCUGUUGAACGACAUCGACGAGAUCAUAAUGCCUUACAAACACAACAACCUCACAUCUCUGAUGGACGUCCUCCAACAACAGCAUCCAAAUACAGGUGUGUACCUUAUUCAGAACCACAUCUUCCCGAAGAAACAUUUUGAGCCGAGUGGAAGGUUUCACCUGCCUCAGUGGAACCGGGUGCCGGGCGUUAAUAUUCUGGAGCACAUCUACAGGGAGGACCCCGACAGCCAGUCAUACCACCCGCACAAGAUGAUCGUUCAGCCGAGGUUGGUGGAGUGGGCUUCAGUGCAUGAAGUGCUCAAGAGUUCUGGACAACAGUUGAAGGUUCCCAUGGACGUUUGUCGAGUCAUUCAUGUCCGAGUGGCUCUGCGUGGGUCGUUGACGCUCAAGCAGCUGAAUGAGGACAAGCGACUGUGGGACUUCCAAGAAAAACUGAUUCCCAGUGUGGACAAGGCGCUGAGGAGAGCUGGGCUGCUGCCCUCAUAGCGGCAAAGCUGAUGCAAGGGGAUGGACAGAUACUCAGAUGGACAAACAUGCUGAGUGGGUUAAAUGUGACAAUGGGAGUCAAGUUACUCCCAUUAUUUUCCUGAUGAUAUGAACUACCCUGAAUAGUGCCACGCGCCUGUGAAUAUAAGGCAAAAAACACAGUAGGAUAUUUUCAAUUUACAUAUUUAUUGUGUAAACUCAAAUUGAAUAAAUGAAUAACAGGCUAAAAACAGACAACACUGCCAUAUUGUACUUAAUGUCACAGGUUGAGGGUGUUGUUGACUUACUACAAAUAAGACGUUAAUAGUUGCCUUUCCACAGAAAAAGUUGUAGCCACAAUACGCUGUGUAUCGCAUUUCCGUAGCAUAGAGAAAAUAGUCCCACGUGUGGCUGUUGCUAUGCAACAGAGAAACAUUGUGUAUGUUAGCCUAGCGCCAGAAGUCUGUUGAUGAUUAGCUAGGAGAUCAACAUUAAAGCAGUUAAGAAAGCACGCAUUGCCCAAAACCGGAGCUAAAAACUGAAAUGACAACUGUCACGCUGCUCCUUUUGGAGUCUGUAGAUUAUUAGAAAUAAACUGACGACCCGGUUCAUCAAUUAAUAAUUAAUAAAACGCAUUUAGUGUACACCAGGACACAGCCAUGAUUCUGAAACUAAUCAAUAAAGAAAUGGAUAUAGUGUAACCCCACCGUCAUUUUAAAACUAAUCAAUGGAGUAAUAGCAAUGCACAGCUAUGAUUCUAUCCAAUGGAAUGUAAUCAACUGAAAUGCAUGCAUGUAGUACUGUACUACCGAGAGACAGUCGAAAUACGAAUUACAUUGAAAGCACCAGGAGAAGUCACCUGCCCAGGGGCGUGGACAAUGCCUUUCACACCUUUACUGAUCCUAUAAAUACCUGAAGGCACCCAUUGUUCUCUAGGAGUUCAUUGGUGGAAGCAAGAGACCGGCACUAUGGCUGGAGAAUGGGCUGCUCUGUGGCCUGUUGAUUGCAGAAACCAGCGGCUCCUUUAUUAAAAACUUUCAAUCCAAGAUGUCUUCUGUCCGUCUGGUGUUUCUUCAUUUUUAGAACACCAGUCUCUCUUCUUGGCAUUAUGCUGCACAUUUUGUAAACGAGCUAAAUCAAUGUUGUGCAUAAUAAUAAAGAGUGACUUACA